AUGCGUUUCUCCGUCGUCCUCUCGCUCGUCGGCGCCGCGCUCGCCACACCCGUGCUCGAGAAGCGCCUCGACACCUCGACGCAUUGCGGGCAGUGGGACACGGUCACCGCGUCCCCGUACAGCCUGCUCCUUGACCAAUGGGGCUUGAGCGACGCGACGUCCGGCUCUGACUGCGCGUCUAUCACGUCGCUCAGCGGCACGACCAUCGCUUGGACGACGACCUUUGACUGGGUCGGUGGUACCAGCGUCAAGAGUUUCACUGACAUCGAGCUCACCUCGGGCGUCAACGUCCCGCUGAGCUCGAUUACCAGCGCGCCCUCGACGUGGAAGUGGUCGAUCAGCUCCUCAGGCACGGUCGUGGCGGACGUCGCUUACGACCUCUUCACGUCCGCAACAUCAGGGGGAUCGAACGCAUACGAGAUCAUGAUCUGGCUCGCCAACUACAACUCGGGCCCGAUCUCGUACACAUACAGCUCGUCCGGGUCGGCGGUCGCGAUCAAGACGGGCGUGAGUCUCGCGGGCUACACCUGGAGUCUGUACUACGGCUCGAACGGGUCCAACUACGUGUAUUCGUUCCUGCCGAGCAGCACGAUCACGAGUUUCAGUGGUGAUGUCAACUUGUUCCUCAAGUAUUUGACGAGCAACGGCUAUAUCUCUUCCUCGCAAUACCUGACCACGGCUCAAGCUGGCGUGGAGGCUACUUCGGGAUCUGCGACGAUCACGACUUCUGCGUACAGCCUAGUCAUCAACUCGUAGUUUAUAACCUUGGUCCUACCUCGCUGUUCGACAUGUAUACCUAUGUAUUCGACCCUUU